AUGGCACGACGGCCAACCAACAAUACCAACCCUGCUCCAAGUGUUUCGUCGACUAGUCAGCCGACGACCACUAAAGCAGGGAAACUCAGGCAACGCAUGGCUUGGACUCUAAGCAUGAAUCAACACGUCAUGCGUUGUUAUUACCUCGCGUCUAAAAUGGAAACGAUUCCUGGAUACCGGGCGGAAAUGCGGAAACUUUUUCUUGAUAGGUUCCCUGACUGCAAAAAUGUCUCAGAGCAGCGCCUAAUGGACCAGAAGCGAGUGAUACUGAAGUCUUGUAAAAUGUCUGCUGAUGAUCUGCAGAAUAUCAAAGAUGAAGUCCAACUUGAAAUUUCCCGCGGUGAAUGUGAAGACGAAGAAAACGUACAAGAGGCUGAUCCCGCGUCAGUUUCUUGCACAGACGGUCCGGUGGAACAGCGAGACAUUGUACCGGAAUUACACACUGAUGAAGGCAUCGUAAAUGCGGAGCAUGAUGAGUGUGCAACUGAUACUGCUGACGAGAACGUUAUCAAAGCUGAUACGCUAGAGGUUGCAUUUAUUGCUGAAAUGAUCAAAUGGCAAGGAGUCAGUCCAAAUCUUAGACAGUCACUGCCAAAACUUCCUUACACUCCUAAGUUGUUCGCGUGUAUUGAGAGGAUGAACCGAAUUAUACCAGCACACAUUCGUGAAGAAUCAACGUUAGAGGAAGUUCAUUGCAUCAUCUAUUGUGCAGCUCAGGCGAUAACACAAGCCGUCAAAGGCCCCACAAAUCAUGGGCGUAGGGAAAUCAAACUGAAUGCACCAAGAUGGCAACUUAGGAUUGAAAGGAAAGUGGCCAACCUAAGGCAGGAGAUUGGGAGAGUCACCCAGUGUGUCAAGAAGAAUACCUCAAAGAGGUUAAGGGCGAAGAUGGCCCAUGUGAAUGAGGAAAACCUUUUAACCCAUCUUGAUACACUGAAGCAGAAGUUAAAAGUUCAAGCUGCCCGACUCAGAAGAUAUAAAAAAUCAUACCAGCGCCAUUUAGAUAAUGCCCUGUUUCAGCGUAAUGAGAGAGCCUUCUAUCGAAGGAUGGGAAACGCCGCGGAUGUGAGAAACGCUCCCGAAGAAAUCCCAUCGAAAGAUGACGUAACGCGAUUUUGGCGAUCCAUCUGGUCAGAGGCCAAGCAAGGAGCAUAA